GUGCGCGCCCGGCCCGGCCGCUCUCCGCGCCGCGCCGCGCCUCGCCGCCGCUCCCCACAUGCGAGGGGGAGGGGGCUUUACCUGUCCUACCUCGGCGGCUGGCUGCGGAGCCGGGAGAGGGGGGGAAAGGGAAAGCAGAAUUACCAGUAGCUCUGGUUCUGCCGUCCCGGGCGUUCACACACACACACCUUCACCUGCACAGACCUGAAAGUCCAGUUCCGCCAGGGAGACGGAGGCACCGGGAAAAGGGGAGAGAGUUCAUUGGAUCAAACAUGUCACAAGAGACGGACAAGAACAGUAUGGCAUAGGUGUAUACUGAGUGCUACUGAGACUGAAGCAUUAAUGCCCUUCAUCCCCUGCUCUGUGUAGUGCUGCUGCUGUUACCACUGUGAGGAACCUAAGAGCACUGCAGAGCAUGUACCCUCAAGUAACAGCACUUCCCCCGUUGCAGUAACAAGCGACUUGUGGCCUUAGUGCCAAAUGACACUUCAUUCAACACCAGACGAGCCUACACCAGUGAAGAUGAAGCCUGGAAGUCGUAUUUGGAGAAUCCCCUAACAGCAGCUACCAAGGCUAUGAUGAGCAUAAAUGGUGAUGAGGACAGUGCUGCUGCUCUUGGCCUAUUGUAUGACUAUUAUAAAGUUCCCAGAGAUAAAAGGCUGUUGUCUGUUAACAAAGUGAGUGAUAAUCAAGAAGACCAAGAUAAAAGAAAUUGUCUUAAUACCACAGAAGCUCAGAGUAAUUUAAGUGGGGGAGAGAACCGCGUGCAAGUCCUGAAGACAGUGCCAGUUAACCUGUCCUUGAACCAAGAUCAUUUGGAGUCAUCCAAAAGGGAAUACAACACAAAUGUGUCUGGGAGCUCAACACCCAUCACAGGGACUGGAGUGACUGUGGUUAAAGCAGAGGAGUUCACCCCUGUUUUUAUGACCCCACAAGCACACUAUGCAAGAGGUGAAAAUGAGGAGCACCGAGGGGUUAUCUUUGAACCAUAUGAAGUGUCCAGCAUUGCUCCCCACACAAAUUAUCUCAAAGAUGACCAGCGCAGUACUCCAGACAGUACAUACAGUGACACCUUCAAAGACGGAGGAACAGAAAAGUAUCGCAGUGUGUCAGUGGGGGCUGAAGAAUAUAUUUAUGAACAAACAAGCAGCACUUUUCAGUAUACGCUAGAAGCUACCAAAUCCCUGCGUCAAAAGCAAGGGGAGGGGCCCAUGACCUACCUGAAUAAAGGACAGUUCUAUGCCAUCACCCUGAGCGAGACGGGAGACAACAAAUGUUUCCGGCAUCCCAUCAGCAAAGUCAGGAGCGUGGUCAUGGUUGUUUUCAGUGAGGAUAAAAACAGAGAUGAACAGCUGAAAUACUGGAAAUACUGGCAUUCUCGACAGCACACAGCUAAACAGAGGGUCCUCGAUAUUGCUGAUUACAAGGAGAGUUUUAAUACCAUUGGGAAUAUUGAAGAAAUCGCAUUCAAUGCUGUGUCCUUUACUUGGGAUGUCAAUGAGGAAGCAAAGAUUUUCAUCACAGUGAAUUGCUUGAGCACAGACUUCUCCUCACAAAAAGGUGUAAAAGGGCUUCCUUUGAUGAUCCAGAUAGAUACAUACAGCUACAACAACCGCAGCAAUAAACCCAUCCACCGAGCCUACUGCCAGAUCAAGGUUUUUUGUGACAAGGGAGCAGAAAGAAAAAUCCGAGAUGAAGAGAGAAAGCAGAACAGGAAGAAAGGCAAAGGCCAGGCAUCCCAAGCCUCAUGCAAUAACUCAGCUGAAGGGAAGUUGAGUGCACUCCCUCUGCAAAAAAAGAGCGAUAUUACCUUCUUUAAAACAAUGGCUGACCUGGAUUCCCAGCCAGUUCUCUUCAUACCAGAUGUUCACUUUGGGAACCUACAAAGAACUGGACAGGUUUACUAUAAUACAGAUGAUGAGAGAGAAGGUAGCAGUGUCCUGGUCAAAAGGAUGUUCCGGCCUGUGGAGGAGGAGUUUGGUCCAUCCCCUUUGAAACAAAUGAAAGAAGAAGGCCUGAAAAGAGUGCUUUUGUAUGUGAGGAAAGAGACAGAUGAGGUGUUUGAUGCUUUGAUGCUGAAAUCACCCACAGUAAAGGGGCUAAUGGAAGCGAUCUCCGAGAAAUAUGGGCUGCCAGUUGAAAAGAUUGCAAAACUUUAUAAGAAGAGCAAAAAGGGUAUCUUGGUAAACAUGGAUGACAACAUUAUUGAGCACUACUCCAAUGAGGACACAUUCAUCCUGCACAUGGAGAGCAUGGUCGAAGGCUUCAAGAUCACACUGACAGAGAUCUAGCCUGAGGCAGAGCCUUUUUGUAAGGAACCACAGCAUUUCAUCCUUCUUGGAAAGCAGAAGAUUCCCCGGGAACUUGACAGACAUUGAUCAGAGAAACUGUUACAAGACUGCUUUGAAAAUACUGUCCAUUAUGCACAUGUGCACCCACUGCAUAUAGACUUGGGUUUGUCAAGCACAAGGCCACUCAUGUUAACCUGGUCCCUUAUUUAUUGUUCCCCACUCUCUAGUGCGCAAGCAGUUACCAACCCCCAGAUUUGUAACCAGAUGGCCCACUGCAAAUGUGAAAUGCAGCCUUUUAAUCCAUACUUCAGUGUGGAUAAGCUUAUUCUAAAACACGUUAAGGAACCGUGCUGGUCUAGUUUCAGAAAUUUGGUGUAAAUCACUUUACCAGUAGUUCUCUCUGCCAUUGCUAAAAAACUGGUGCAGUGCUAAAGAUGGGGAAAGUGGCUGACAGAGUUCACUUGCUCAGACUGAUCCAUAUCUCUCUAUAGUGUAUAGUCUUGCCAAAUACCUCUGGUAGUUCUCAGCAUGUAGCAAUGAGGACUUGUAAGUAAGGCAUUCAGCUACAAAUGUCACUUGUAAGUAAAUGGUAAAGAAACCAUUUUAACCUUGUAUAUAAUGUUUAUAAUAUGCAAUAAUAUAUUUUAACUACUGUAUGUGGGCAUGUUUACUGCCACUAUGUUCUUGUAUGUAUUGGGUUUAGGGUUUAACAGAAUCUUUCCUAGAGGAUUAGAUUGCUGCAAUCUGUUAAGGAGUGUGUACUGAGAAGAUGAUAACUGCAUCUGCGCUCAUAUGCUCCAACCUUGCCCACCCGGUUUUAUACUGAAACGUUGGAGCAAACUGUGCUACAGGGCCUGGAGUGCUCUGGCACAGUGGGACCCACCUUAGGUGCCCAAGUUCCAGCCGUAGAUACCCGAAUGUCCCAUCCAGCUGUCACCAAAUACAUGAGGCACCAUGUCUCUACUGCCUGGCAUGCCUAGAGGUACAAAAGGAACUUCUGCCUGUUCUGUUGGUGAAGCAGAGGCUCUCAAAGUGGUCUUUUCUCAAGCCUGUGGAGGAAAAGGUGCUUUCCACAGCAGCCUGCUCAUUAAAGCAUUACUCUAGACUGUAAGAAACAGGGCUUCCAACUCUUCUUCUUAAUGGUACUUGAUCUUAUAUAUCCAUUGAAUGAUUCUGUUUUGGUUUCUAUGACAGUUGGGUGAGGUAUAAGCCUGGGCUUGAUGUAAAUAUUUUAUCGAAACUGAAACAAUUUUAUGAGUGGAGACUGAGUAUCCCACAACUGAGGUGUGGAGAUAGGUCUCUCUCACAAGGACUGGAUCUGGACCCAAGUUGACCUACAAGGUUAUCCCAUCAAAUUCCACCCCUGUCUCAUGAAUUCUGUGAAGACAGAAAGUUGCAGGCUAAAAUCGUACCAGGAAAGGGGUUCAAGACCUGACUGUCCCUAGCGCAUCCAAACCCAGCACCUCACUCUCCUUUCCAGCUCGUAGAGAGCUUCUCAUUCAGUAUGUAAUCCUGUGAGUUUCAGCUGCAAGCAUUUUAUUCUCUGUGCACUGUAUGUGGGUCCCAUGUGACAGAAACAUGGGUCCUUUCCUACAUGCAGCCCUUAGACUACAUUUUAUUUUCCUUCUGAAAUCUUCUUUUGAUUUAGUCACAGAAUCGUUUUUUCAUUAGGUGGUUAAUGGCGUAAAGAAACACUGCCUUAUUUAACAGGGCUUAUUCUGUAGUGUUUUGAGCUGUGCGGAGCUAUUUACAUUCAAGCAAAGUAGCUGGGGUAGCUAACCAGUCAGAUUUGGUCAUGUUUUUGCAUGAAUUAUCCUGCAAGCUCUCACAAACUUUUCUAACUUCAUUAGCAAUAGCAUCCCAUUAAAAUCUGUACUUCAAAUAGAAAUGUUAGAUACCUGUCAAAGUUUCUGUGGGACCAGAACCUAUAAAAAGUUCAGGCUGUUGGUGUCAGGGCUAGCAUGCACAUAUGUCUGCAAAGCAAAGUGUCUGUUCUGUUUUUUUCCUUCCUCCCCUCCGUCCCUCCUUCUUCCUUUGUCAUCUGCUCUUUCUCCUUCUGAUGCAGAGUUUUGUAGUAAUUCCUUUAUCUUUUUAUAAACAUGUACUCCAGCAAAGAUGGUCUUGCUACGCUGCUCAAGAGCAGACAUCCUGGCAAUACAGGAGAUUUAUGGUGGUUCGGUUUGUUUCUACUUGGAUCAGGCUCAGAUAAAAAGUCUAUGCUGACUUAGCCCAGAUACUUUUUUCCUAAAGGAAAAAUGGAGGACAGUUUUGGCAGGUGGCAUUAGGAGCUGGGACCAGCACACGGGACUAGUGAGCAGUGGUGUUAGUUCUUGUAUUUCUCUGUUGUUUGAUGGUGUUUGGGAUCCUAAGAAUAUUGGCUGGGAACUCUCAGUUGAUCUUGAUGUCUGGGCAGAAGCUGCAGAUGAAACAUAGGAGUAAACGUACACAGGAGUCGAGCCCUGGUUCUUCCUCCAGCAACUUGCCAUCAAGCUCCCUUACUUAGAGGGAAUGCCUGUAGCGCCUGGGGCUGGCUCAGGUUGGGAUGUGUUGCAUUAAGAGAGUACAGUGAGAAUUUGGGGUUCACAAGGGAAGGACAGGGCUGUCCUGGCAGCACCAGCAUUCAGGUUAACAGGAAAUUCUUGUCUUACACGUGGGUGGAGAUGAGCUGGGAUCUUUUGGAUGCUGCAGCAUCCUGUACCAAGGAGCAGUGUAGGAUCAGUGAGAAGUGCGAAGCUCCAGGAAAUACUGAGGCUUAAGGAGCUAUCUUUCCAUUGCCAUUUUAGGAUCUUUUGGUCAGGCACUGUCCAGAGAAGGAAAGUUGCUUCCAAGAUUAACUGAAAGCUUUUCCAAAUACAUCUUAAAGUGUGCGAAUUCCUGAUACAAGAAAGCUGAUGCUCCUGCCAUUAGUUCCUUCUUACAGUCUCAAUGAAGGUAGCAGGGUUGAGGAAGAUGAGUAAGAUUUACGCUGAUGGUAAGAUUAUUUUAAAACAGCUAGAUCUAGUUAAGGAUGAUCUCCCUUAACUUUAUCUACCAGGGUCUGAGGGAUUUGUUUCUCUGCUCCAGAUGCAGAUGCAUCGCAAGCAGCUGAGACGUUACAAAGAGCACAUCACCCUGAACCCCUUCAGCUCUAGUUACAGCAUCAGCUGCUGGAGGAGCACUGAACCUUGGAUGCUGGUCAUGGCAAGCUACAAGCUCUCAGGGUUCAUCUUGUUGGUCAAAAACAGGCUAUCAAAGUGAUGGGAAAGGGCCAGUAAGAGUAAUGCAAACUUCUGAAGCGGUGGCCUGCCCCAUGCCCUACUUAAUCCAGAGGUCUUGAGGAGUACAAAGUGCUUGCAUGUAUAUAAUCUAAAACAUGCAUGUUGCCUUUGUUUAAUGAAAAAAAUUAAUGCUGGAUCUUCCAAAUAUUAUGAGUUAAAUGGAAGUAAGAUUUGGCUACUCUUCAGCAGGGGACAGAAGUAUUUGCCUUGCCUCCUUUUGUCUCUUUGUGACGCUGCUGUGGUUGUUUAUUUAAAAGAACAAAACUCUCACUUCCUUUCCUCUUCAAGACAGUGGUCUUGAAUCUUAACUAGUGCAGCCUGAAGGGUGGCUUGCUGCUCAACUCAAUUUCCCUAUGAAGAAUUAGAGCAGUGCAGUGUCUGUAGAUGUGUUUUGAAAGACUCAUUGAUAGGGAUGUGCAAAAGGCAAAUAGUCUUCUAAAUUCUAAUUUUGGUUCCCGCUACAGAUUUGGUACUAUGUCCGUCCACUUGAUGUUUUAUUACGAAACCCCCAAGUCUCAGAUUUUAGUUUCUUUCUACACAGUCAGGUGCUGAUAUCCCUAAAAUAAAGUGCUUCCUUGUAGUGAAGCUUUCAGUGAGAUCGCCAUCAAGACAUUUUGAAGGAUUUUUACCACUGAAUGUAAACUACAAGGAACAGAACUUUUUUUUUCCUGUGUGUCCUCUCUCAUGAAGUGUUUGGUCAAUGGAAUCCAGAGAUCAAGAGUCUUGUAUAUUUUCUUCUUUCAGUCUGUGGAUUGUUUAAAUGUUGUAAAUGAAUUCAAACAAUUAGUAAAAACUAAAUUUCCUAGCUGUUGGAGAUGCUGUAUAUUGAUUGGUGUGGAACUGAAAAGGAGUAUCUUAUGACUUUUAAAAUGUAAAGCUUAUGAAAUGUUUAUAUGCUCUUCCAUUUCCUAUGAAUUGAGACAAGAUACAAACAAGAAUGUUUGUGCCAAAGUUUGUGACAAGCCCUCUUUCUGGCAAAUAAGGAAACUUUAUGUAUAAAUAGUGUGCUUUUAUAUUAAGAAAAUAGCUCAUGUAACUUAAUAGUGUUGCAACUGGGAGAGGGGUUUGAUAAACUGUAAAUACAGUUAUUUUAUUUUUUUGUACAUUUUUAAGAAGGAAAAAAAUAAAUAUUCCUAUGUAUGAGAUAAUA